UUGACAUGUGUGCAUUCCAAAACAAAAAACAGUAAAAACAGAAAAACUUUAAUUAGGAAAACUUUUUGCGAAAAAAUUAGUGACUCUCAACAUAAUUAACUUAGCAAUUAACGUUCUAAUAUUAAUUAAUGCUUAUACCGUAAUAUGCUUUAUUACCAAAAACUGCAAGGAAAAUGACCCUCCCAAAUCUAAAACAGCAGUGAACAUGGAACCAAUCUACUACAUUACUCAGAUGUGGUGUUUCUACUAAUUAAGUUUUGGGAUGAAAAGACUGCAAUUUACUGGUAUAACACAAUAUGAGAAAGGAUCUACUCCAAGAGGAGCUUCAUGAUGUGGAUCAUUUUGCUUUCAGCUUUAGUCUCUAUUUCUUUAGUGUCCUUUUUAAUGUUGUGCAUCUGUUGGAAGGACAAGACACCAAAAAAUGAAUGGCUUGGCGUAGAUGGCAUGGUAACACAAAAAAACCCUGAUGAGAAUGUCAAUCAUCUUCCUUCUGCAGCAGCUUGCAUGAAUGGAUUGUCUGAUGGAGAAGCUGCUGACAAAAGAAACACCAUAACUAACUCAAGACGAAGCCUUCCAGACAUCCCUUCUGAAAUGGCAGCUGGGAUCACAUGGGAUGCCAAUGGUGAUAAUUCUUCUGAACAUUAUGCUACUUUAGGACAAUAUCAAAACCAAAAUAAAGCCGCAUCUUCCAACCGUCCAAACGUCAGAACAAGUAUUUCUCAACAUAGUUCCAUAAGUCAGGCAGACGAUACGUUUUCGCCAUACGAACGAGUUAAGUAUGAUAAAAUAAAAUCGAAGCUCGAACAUCCAUAUGCGCAGGUACAGCCUGCUAAUUCAAGGCCUGCAGUUAAUGAGGAAAAUUUGGCCAGUAUUGAGGAAAGAGUAACUUUGUUGAGAGUGGAUAAUAUUCCAAGUAUAUCAGCAAAUUCUUCGACACCAUCACGUUCUCGCAGGUCUUCUGCACAUAGUAAUGAACCUGCAGAUAUCCCAGCAGCUACCGCGGUAGCUGGCGGCAUAGCUGCUAGCUACGAGUUACCAUAUAUGACCCCUCCUAUAAACUUUAGUGGUGAUUCUCAAGAUUCUUCCAAGGGGUAUACCAGUAUUAGUGUAAGAGAACCUUUGGCCAAUAUAAUGGCCGAAACAAACGCAGUUACCAAUAAGCAAAAGAGAAAAUUAGACGUUCAUUAUUCCACAGUGUCAGAUGAUUCUGAUGAUGUAUAUACUACAAUCCCAGAUCCUAAUAAUCCUAUUUAUACUAGUGAAAGUGAGACUUAUGCUAGAAUACCUCCUCUUCCUAUUACAGUCGAGGCUGAAAUUAAUAUACCUCCCGCUGAAAGGGCCAGUGAUGAUAGGGAGGAAGUUGACGCUUUAUAUGAACCACCUCCACAACCCGUAGCCUCAAGUUCUGAUGCCUUAAAGCAUGUUACGUCCCACUCUCAUACACAUUCUAGACAAGCAUCAUCUUCAAGCUCUGCCAACUUUGGCUCCCCGAAACCAGAAAAACGGCAAGCAAACUCACCAUUACCGCCGCCUCCGCCCGACCCUGUUAACACUGACUUUUUCAGUGAAAAACUUCAAGUUAAACGAAAUCUGGAUGAUCUUUAUGCUAAAGUGCAUAAAACUAAAAAGGACGAUGUAAACGAUGAUGGGUCAGAAAAAAGCAGCUUAAACGGGUCAACAAAAGGUUCAAUACCCAUCGCCGUAAUAUCUGAAGAAAGCGCCGACCAUAAUUAUGAAACAUUGAAGAAGAAUUCGACAACGAAUAGUGAUUUUGGAUAUGAAAAAAUUAAAGGAUUAGAUUGUGAACCGGGUUAUGCCAGUAUUAACGGGCCACCUAGUUUAGCUGCCUCUUCUGAUCCUGGUUAUGAGGCACUCAAUCAGGUUUCGAUGCAGGCUGGUCCUAAUUACGAAGAACUGAGGCGUUCCCUGCCUGAACCGAGUAGUGCUGGAUAUUCUGUGGUAAAUAAGAAAAAAAAGGUGGCUUCGGAACCGCCCGAAGAUCCCAACUACGAACAGGUCCCGGAAAACCCAAUCGAUCCGAACUACGCAGCGGUAAAAUCCAGCGGAAGCGAAAGCGAUCCGAACUACGAAUCCGUAAAUCGGCCGGAUCCGAACUACGAGACCCUGCGCGAACCACAUUCGGGCGAAAAAAGUAACUCUUUGUCGCGAACAGAUUCCGGUUCGGUCGGCUACGAAAAAGUCAAAAGUACUACGUCCGAGAGCUCAAAUAGUGCGAGCAGGACUACGGAUAGUGAGCCCCCUUACGAGCAACUGCGGAACGAAUUUGACAGUGAUAAUGUGACCGGGUACGAGAAAGUGGGCAGUUCGGGUAGUUCCGGGAACGAAGUCGAACCCAUCCAAAAUGAAGAGUUUGAGGUGGUGUUAAAUAUACACGAUGAGAAUGCCGUGGUGCAAGUUUAGGUUACAGAACUGUUAGGUUUAUAACAGACUUUUUUUUGUAACAAAUAUAAAGUCCAAGGUGUCAUUGGGUAGGUAUGGCAACUAUUUAUGACGCCACGUCCACCUGUAAGUUAUAAUAGAUAAUAAGACAUAUAAAAAAUAUUAAUAAAUUAUUAUGUAUCAAAUACAAA